AUGAGAAGGAAGAGGGCUGCCAAGAACACUCAACCCACAUACAAUCCAACUUCCAAGCCCCUAUGGAAACCAAAUUGGAGUGGAACUUCCAAAAUAGAGAAAGAGGAACCUAAAUUCAAGAAGGAAGAAUGGAAAGGGAAAGGAAAGCUCAAAGGGAAACCAGAAGAAAAGAAUAAGAAGGUGGAGAACCAAGCUAGAGAAGUGAAGUGCUUUAAGUGCUUGGGGAGAGGACACUAUGCAAAUGAGUGUGCUAACAAAAGAGUAAUGUUUAUUAGAGAUGAUGGAGAAUGGAAAAGUGGAGAAGAAGGUGCUGUAGGAAGUGAGCAUGAUGAUAGUGAUGUUGAGUUUGUGGAUGAAGGAGACCAAGCUCCCAUGGAGGGCCACGCCCUUGUCACCAUGUGCACACUUAGUGCACAAGCUGAAUUGGAGGAUAAUGAUGCUAUAGAAAGGGAGAUAAUCUUUCAUACAAGGUGUUUGGUGAAUGACAAAGUCUGUAGUGUGAUUAUUGAUGGAGGGAGCUGCUGUAAUGUUGCUAGUUCUCUUAUGCAAGUGGUUGUUCCGUUCAGCAUUGGGAAGUAUUAUGAUGAAGUUGUUUGUGAUGUGGUGCCAAUGGUUGCUACGCACCUUUUACUUGGAAGACCUUGGCGGUAUGACAGGAGUGUUUUGCAUAAUGGGAGGAAAAACAAAUACACCUUGGUGAAGGAUGGGUACCGAUAUCACUUGACUCCAUUGAUACCUUCUCAAAUUCAUGAAGACCAAAUGAGAAUCAUGAAAUCCAUGGAAGAAAGAAAAGAGAGUCUAAGAGAAAAAUCAAGAGAGGCCAAGCUUGAUGAGGGAAAAAAUGAGAGUAGUGUGAGAGCAAAAGAAGUAAUAGAAAAGAAAAAGAGUGAGGGCUCAAGGCAAAAGGAGAACCGAGAGAAAAAAAUGAGUUUGUAUGUGAAAGGAAAGGAAGUAAGGGAGGCUUUACAUUGUGAGAGACCUCUUUGUGUACUUUUGUACAAAGAGGCAUAUUUAAGCAUUUCUGACCUUGACCCCAAUUUGCCUAGUGGUGCUAUUUCUUUGUUACAAGAGUAUGAUGAUGUCUUUCUGGAGGAGUUACCACCUAGAUUACCACCCAUUCGAGGGAUUGAGCACCAGAUUGAUCUUAUUCUGGGGGCACCCAUACCGAAUAGACCUGCUUAUAGAAGUAACCCAAAAGAAACAAAGAAGCUCCAAAGCAAAGACAUGGAUGAGCAUUUGCAUCAUUUAAGACUUGUAUUUGAUGUGUUGAGACAUGAGAAAUUAUAUGCAAAUGCAAAGAAAUGUUCUUUCUGCUUGGAAAAAGUUGUCUUUCUUGGUUUUGUUGUGAGUGGCAUGGGUGUUGAAGUUGAUAAAGGGAAGGUCAAAGCCAUUAGGGACUGGCCAACUCCUAAAAAUGCAUCUGAAGUUAGGAGUUUUCAUGGAUUGGCUAGUUUCUAUAGGAGAUUUGUGCCUCAUUUUAGUUCUAUUGCUGCUCCUUUGAAGAACUUAUUAAAAAAGAUGUUGCAUUUGAGUUGA